CCUGAAUACAAUCAGUCAACCCAUCUUCAAUCAAUCUUUCUGUCACCAUGACAUCUUUAGAUACCAUCAAAUCUGACAACUUAGUGCAUCAGAUUGGAGGAAAAUUGACUGCUUAUUGUGCAAGGCUAUUGAAGACAUCACUGAUUUGAGGACCCGACAGCUCAGUCAGAUGAUCCACACAAUGGCCGUUCGAACGACGCUGUUAUAGCAUGAAAAAGAGCAACUCAAAGAAGCCUUAUUAAAUGAGAAGAAGCACCGACAGUACGGAAAGCCUCUGCUACUCGAGGCACCACGGAAGUACCAUGGUGGCAUCAUCUUCUGGUCACCAUCCAAGGUUAAGGAUGCUCACGCUCGACAGGCCCAAAAGGACGCCGAUGGAUGGUUAUUGCAACAGCAAAAAAUUCGGGAAGCAGAGUGCAGAAAGGCAGCAAAGCAGAAAAAAGCAGAUAUGCUUGAGGAGAGGUGCCAUAUGAGGCUGGCGGCAAAGGAGCUUCAGAUCCAGCAACAGCAGAAGAAGACAGCUGAGCAUAAGGAAGCUCAGAUCACUCGGGCAGCAGAAAAGCAACUCUGGCAGGAUAUACAAUUGUCUAAAAUGAGGGCCGUACAUAGUAAAAAGCUCGCUGCACCUCCUCCAGAUGUCGUUAAGGAGCCUAAGGUUGAUAAUGUGGAUGUAGCAUCUAUUGUUGUCAGAUUUGAUGGUAUCUGAAGAU